AUGUCUGCUUCCAACUACGCAGCCAGGGCCAGAGGCGAGACGACCAAACGUCUACUUGCGCAGCUGGUCAACGAAGGAUUGGCAAGCUUGGAUUUUCUUGACGAAUCUCACGACUCUGCCACGCGUCAACCGCGCAUUACCGGACAGAGGGAGGGGAAUCCAGAUCGCUGGCUCACUCUUUCUGCAGUGCAUGGUGUUAUCACGACGGGCCAUCUGCGUCCAAAUGACCUUGAGCUUCCUGUAACGCUCUUCUCCGACAAUAAUGAAGCCCUCCAAGACGAUCCAGGCGCUAUCUUUGAGUUUAUAUCCGUGUGGCUUGACUGUAAUGAGGCCAUGACGGCAUCAGUUGUGCAAGAGCUGCGCAAUUCUGCAGCUAUGCUAGAGAAAUGGAUGGAGCUUGGUUGGCAGACGCCCAUCCUCGAUCUGGACUCCUCAUUCUUGGAUUGGGAGAGGUCUGUGGUGACGGGCCACCCAACACAUCCGUUCCAUCGAACAUGUAUUGCCAACCGCUUGUUGCAGCCGGUUGGACCGGAGAAUCUCCCCGGCAUGCUGAAUCCAGACAUUUCCUUCGUCACUGUCCCCCGCACAUCAGUCCGCACAGCAGGACCCUUUGACGAACUCAUUGAAUCCAUGGUGAAGCAUUUCGGAAUCUCCGUAGCCAGCCCCCAAGGAAACACCACAGUUCCCUGUCUAACGCAGCAUCUCCCAGCUUUGCUGCAUUAUUUCCCCGAGGCCGAGUUAAUCAAGACAGUACCCAAUUGUGCCGUGGCCCAGGCGGCCAUGCGAACGGUUUCCAUCCCGGGCUUUGCGUACGAUGUCAAGUUCUCACUGGCAUGCCUCGUCACGUCCGCACUGCGCGUCCUUCCGUGCUGGUCUGCAGAUGCAGCGCCCAAGUUGACCUGCCUUCUAAAGGAGAUAUCCCCGCCAAACCUGUGGAUAGUUGGCGAGGUUGCCGCCGUGACUGGCAAUCAGCAAGACAUGGCCGAGGCCCGGUACAUGACUUGCAUACUGAGGGAGAAUUUGGAGUCUAGGGCCAAAGAAAAUAACGAAGCGCUGAUACUCUCUUCCGCAUUGAUGGAAAAGCCAAUGGGGGGCUCCCGGACGUACGCCGAGGUGCUCUUCGACCUGCAUACCACGGCCGACAAAGUGCGCUGGUUCAAGAGUUAUGUCCAACAUCUUUUGACUCUUGCCUUGGAUCCUCUGGUGCGACACCAAGUUGGAUUCGAGUUCCAUGGCCAAAACUCCAUUGUCCGCAUCUGCAAAAGGACAAGAGCCAUCAAGGGAUUUGCUAUACGCGACUUGGCUGGCGUCAAACUUCACGGAGCGAGUCUCGAGGCCCAAGGGUUCGAUGUGACGGGUCUUGAGGCCUCGAGCACGGACGACAGCCACCAGGUAUGGGACAGAGUGCACCACGCCCUUAUUCAGAACAACAUUGGAUACAUGAUGUACGCGUUGGAGUUGGAGAGAGACCACGAUGGAUGGGGCAUCGUGCGGUCCGCGCUGGCUGAUAGCCUUGACGUUGAAAAUAAUGCUCUGGGAAGGCAGAUUUACCAGUAUUUCUUGAGGGAUACCAUGUUAUUCAAGUCGUUCAUCACAAUGAGACUGAGGUCGUCGCUGGACGGUGUGCCGAAUAUCCUCUGCAAAACGAGUCCGUGGCUGCUUCAAAUAUCUCUAGCCGGAAGCAACAGUAUGGAGAGGCUUGCUCCUCCCGAGAAAGUAGACGCACAAGUUCGAGCGGCAGAUCGGGACUUGAUGCAGCAGAACCUCCUGAAGAGCACAAGCCCAUAUGGAAAGCUCCCUGGAGUCUCACGCCAACUCAAUCCAUACCCAGCUGUUCUACCAGUCCAAUUUGUCCAGAAUGUCCAACGCUUUCACGAAGCGCUAGCCGCCGCCCUUGACAACCUUGUUGAACGGUGGUGGAAAGACGUGGAUGCCAACUUGCCGGGACGCAUGCCGCUUGAGCCCCGAGUGGAAAAACUGCUCAGGUGGAUUGACGAGGGCUCCGACAAAGGACUCGUCCGAGGGUACAAGGGCCACCAGGGGAACUUGCGACCAGACAUGCUGAUACUCGCCGAUGAAGAGCACGCCGUCCCCCAGUUCCGCGUCUGCGAGAUCAACGGCCGGUUCCCCAUCAACUUCCUUCACUUCGUGGCGAGCGCCUACGAAGCCUUGGCCAGCUUGCCGUGGAGCGUUCCGCUGCUCAAGCCAGCAACAGAUUACACGAAGCUCCGUGACAGCCUGUUUCAGCUGUUUGACCCGUCGGUUCCUAUUCACUUUGUCGGACAGACGUCCGACUUUCCAAAGGACAGUCCUCUAUUCGGCCUCGUGGAGCAGCGAACUGGCAUGAGACCAAGAUUGGUAAAGCCGUCCAGUCUCGUGUUGAUCCCCAGCGGUUCCGAACCGACGGGAUUUUCCCUCUACUGCGUCUGGGGCGCCGACCCGGACAUGGUGCGACACAUUGCCAUGCGCAGCGUCAACGACAUGCGGAGCGUCUUCAUCGCCCACGACAAGCGGAUCCUCGGCAUCCUGCGGCAGGAGUUGGACGCGCUCGUGCAUAAACACGGCGCUCUUACUCUGGCGCAGGCGCGGAUCCUCGAGCAGGGCAUCGUGCCGACCAUACUGCCGGGCUGUGAGCUCCUGCGCCAGCUUCUCGAUGCCAGCUACGCGGAUCCCGGGAUCAAGGAUGGAUACAUUCUUAAGCCGUUCCGCCUGGCGAGGGGAUGUGGGAUUCUGCUGGGCAGGGACAUGUCCGUCGCUGAGUGGUGUGGCAUUCUCGAAUCCAUGAAGACGGCCGACUUGCGCUCUUGUACGGCGCAGUACGUGCUGCAGCCGUUGCAGAAGGUGCGGUCUUUCAACUGGUUCUGGGACGAGGAGCGCAUGGUCUGCAGGAGUAAAAUGGUGGGAGCGUAUUAUUCUGUUCAUGGGCGGUUUGUUGGGCUUGGGAGCUGGAGGACCGCGACUGCGUCUGAGAAUGUUAUUUCUGCGGCGACCAAGGAUGGGACAAUUGUGCUUUCGGCUGUUUACUUGAACAGUUAG